UCUCUUCUUGAGGAGUCUUAACAAGUUUGUCUCUCUUUCUAUCUCUCUCACUUGUUUUGAAGAUAAAUUACUAGUGGGGAUUUUUUUUUCUUUGUUUUCUUAAUUUUGUUGGGGAAUUGGGUUAAUCUUGAAAGAAAUUAAGGAAAUAAUUAUGGGAAGACAACCAUGUUGUGACAAAGUGGGGUUGAAGAAAGGGCCAUGGACGGCCGAAGAGGACAAGAAGCUCAUCAACUUCAUCCUCACCAACGGCCAAUGCUGCUGGAGAGCCGUUCCUAAGCUUGCAGGAUUGCUAAGGUGUGGAAAAAGUUGCAGGCUGAGAUGGACCAAUUAUCUAAGGCCUGACUUGAAAAGGGGUCUUUUAUCUGACUCUGAAGAGAAAAUGGUCAUUGAUCUCCACGCUCAACUUGGCAACAGAUGGUCUAAGAUUGCGUCUCAUCUUCCGGGAAGAACAGACAACGAAAUAAAGAACCACUGGAACACCCACAUCAAGAAAAAACUCAAGAAAAUGGGGAUUGAUCCUCUCACCCACAAGCCAAUUAUUUCCACCGUGACGGACCAAUCAGAACCUCAACCACCACCACCAACACAACAACAACAGAAUUGCUCUGAACUCGAUAACAACAACGAAAUCGCGACGGCGACAACGACGACGACGACGUCGUCGUAUCAGUCCUCUUCAGUACUGACGACCGAAUCGAAAGGUAAAGACGACGUAGAGAACAGCAUGACGAGCGGAAUAAUAUUGGAAAGUCAGCUCGUCAAUAACGGCUUCUGUACGGACGAAGUACCUCUGAUUGAGCCUCACGAGAUUGUCGUUUCUUCUUCGACGACGUCGUCUUCGUCGUCGUUGUCGUCUUCUUCGUCAUCGGAUUCUCCCAAUUACUUUCUGGAAGAUUUGCAGCUUCCGGAUUUCGAAUGGCCGUCGUCGUGCGACUACGGCGACAACCGUGUGGGUGACGGCAGUGGAAUGGGGUUGUGGGACGAGGAGUAUUUCAACGGCUGGGAUUUGCUUAUGGAAGAUGAUGGUGAUCAUGAUCGAAAGCAAAUUGUUGAUAUUGUUCCUCCCAAUCAGAGUCCGUUCCCAAGAACGGUUUUGGAACAGGAAUACUGGGCAUAUGGGCUUUUGUGAGGGGAAAAAAAAAAAAAAGAAAAGAUGGGUUUUGCUUGUAAUUUUUUGUCAGUAGUUUUUCUUUUUCUUUUUUCUUUUCGAUAAAAGAAAAGAUGAAAUAAAUUAUGGGAAAAUUCCGUAUCUUAUUGCUGUCUAAACUACUUUUUUUUUCUCCUUAUAGGGGGGAAAUAAAUAAAAGACAAAAAAAUCAUGUGUAUGAAAAUGAAAGCCUUGUGGGGUGUUACGCUACUGUUAUUAUAUAAUUUGGACGCUCCAAUUUCCUGUUUCAAUGUAUGCAAAUAA